CCGCCCACUCCCUACUGCUUCUCGCCCAGCAGUCCGACUUGAGCCUCUUCCUUCUUCCUCACCCGUCGCUUUCAACUCUCAUUCAUCACCAUGGCCGACAACGACGCGCAGCAUGAGCACACCUUCGAUAGCGCCGAUGCCGGUGCCUCCAAGACGUUCCCCAUGCAGUGCUCUGCUUUGAGGAAGAACGGCUUCGUCUGCAUCAAGAACCGCCCCUGCAAGAUCGUCGACAUGAGCACCUCCAAGACGGGAAAGCACGGCCACGCAAAGGUCCACUUGGUCGCCAUUGACCUCUUCACUGGCAAGAAGCUCGAAGAACUGUGCCCUUCCACCCACAACAUGGACGUCCCCAACGUUACGCGUCGCGAGUACCAGCUCCUCGACGUUACUGACGACGGUUUCCUUUCCCUCAUGACCGACGACGGCGCUACCAAGGACGACGUCAAGGUUCCCGAUGGUGAGGUUGGCGACAAGAUCACCAAGCUGUUCACUGAGGAAGGCAAGGACACUAACGUCAUUGUCCUUACUGCCAUGGGUGAGGAGGCUGCCAUUGACGCCAAGGAGGCUCCCAAAUAAAUGAUGGGUUGGUUUUGUAGACUGUUUGGCAGGAUGCGAAGCGCAGAAUGCGAACAGCUUACGGAUGGGGCUGCAACACUCUUUGCAUGCAUUGUGCAAAGUUGCACCCUUAUGGCAAACGAAGCAUUCUCCUCGGCGAUUUGCGCCGGGCGACCCGUGCUGGACGUUCUUCGGACGGAUUUGGUUUCUUUGAAUUGCCAUGUAUGGGAAACGUAUCAUGAAUCAUUUCCCUGUCUCCAAAUAUCACUUAUGCUUAUGGCAAUGAAUAAAAGGUGAUGCUGUUAUGGCAAAUGU